ACGGCUGAACUGCUGUAUUCCCCUUCCUACUCCCACCCCGACAGUCGUAACGUCGAAACUAACGAUGCUGUCUGCUCGGGUCUUUUAUGGAAAGAGGGAGACUGUUGUGCCAGCUGACCCCGCCAUCAGUGAUGAUGAGGGGUUCAAGGAGGAAGACGAAGAUGUGGCAGACCUGGACUUCGUCCCACCCAUUCACAGCCUGGACACUCCAGACCUGAGUGACAGUGAAGGUGCUCAAGGAGGAGGAGGAGGAGGAGGACGACGAACAGCCAGAAGCACAAGCCAAGAGGCCCACCAACAACAGCAAGCCAGCAGCCAGGAAAACUACCUGGAAGAAGGUUGACCUGGACGACCCAGCCCUACCUGAGUACCAGCACUCUCCCCCUGACUUCUUGGGGAGUCCAUUCCAGUACUUCAGCAGGUACUUCAGCCCUCAAGUGAUGGAGCACAUAACAUACCACACCAAUCUUUAUGCAUCUCAGAAGGACACCAUUCACGACCAGUGUAGAUGAGAUGAUGAACUUUGUGGCAAUCUUUGUAUACAUGGGGAUUGCUGAGCUGUCCUCCAUUGAGGACUACUGGGCAAUGGAGACCAGGGUCCCACAAGUUGCAAACCUCAUGUCAUCUAAGAGGUUCAGUCUGAUGAAGAGGCUUGUCCACUUCAAUGACAACACACAGAUCCCUGGCACCAUCGACCAAUUCUUCAAGAUCCGGCCACUGUUCAGCCUCCUGAACGCUGCCUUCAGGAGUGCGCCACAGACUCCCAAGCAGUCUGUGGAUGAGGUCAUGGUUGCCUACAAAGGAAAGACAGCUGGUAACCUGAGGCAGUACAUCAAGAACAAGCCGCACCAAUGGGGAUUCAAGUUGUUUACCAGGGCUUCUGAGAAUGGCUUCAUUCAUGAUAUGGUGCUAUACCAGGGGAAGACUACGCAGGCAGCCCACGAUGUCCCCCUCACAUCUGAACAACAAGCCAUGGGUGCCACCAGCCAGAUAGUCUCCGUCCUAUUCAGCACCAUUUCCUCCUCCACCACCACAGCCAUCUUUGCGAAUAACUGUUUCACCAGCCUGGAGUUGGUGCGGAACCUCAAAGACAGGAACUGCACAGGGACAGCCAUGGACAACAGAGUAGGCCAGCCUCCGCUCAAGUCCAUCAACGAGAUGGAGAAGAAGGCUGUCCCUCAUGGUACGUUCGACAGCGUAACCAGUGGUGAUGGGAUCCUGGCCCUCAGGUGGAAUGACAACAAGGUCGUCACUCUGCUGUCAACAGACAUGGGGGUGGAGCCCAUGUCCUCAGUCCACCGGUACUGCAGUGACACCAAGAGAAAGGAGCAAGUGAGCUGCCCUGCUGUCAUCAAAAGCUACAAUGCAAAAAAGGGGGGCAUUGACAAGAGCAACAUGCUGGUCCACCUCUACCAUACCCCCUUACAAUCCAAGAGGUGGUACAUGAGGUUGUUUGCAUUUGCAGUUGAUCUCAGCCUCACGAAUGCCUGGGUCAUCUACAGGCGGGACUGCAAGGCUCUUGAUGUGGCUGCCCUGUCACUAAAGAACUUUGAGCUCCAGGUGUUCAAGGAUGCCAGCAGCCAGAAGCCAGUGACAUCUCACCCCCGAAGAAGCUCAACAGACCCCCGCACCUCUGUUGAUGUCCCCAAGCCUGUCCGGGGACACCGCAGCCACACCCCAGCUGAUUCUGUGCGGUUUGGGUUUGACCCAUCCCAAUUCCAUGCCCCUGUCUACACCAACCUCCAGACCUGCAAGUACUGCAGCAGAAAGGGGAACAUCAAGAGGUCAAAUGUGGUCUGCAGGUGUGCAAGGUCCACCUGUGCCUUAAUGCUGAGCAGAACUGCUUUAUUGCCUACCAUGAAUCAGCUGCAUAAAUGA